AUGGACGACUGGUGGUCGCCGGACGGUGGUCAUACCUGGCGACUGAUCGCACAGGCAGUGGACGAUGGCAGAGUGGGAUUCAAUCGGGCCUGCGUGCACCUGGAGCCCUGGCAGAUCGUCUCUUACACAAUCUCGCUGGCCUGCCUUUUCAUGUGGUUCCGGCGCCUGAUCAAAGCCGAUCGGCCGCUCGCCGCGCGUAUUCGUGCUACGGUUUUUUCGGCAAUCCGAAUGAUACCAUGGGUGAAGCUGCAGAUCGAAGAGGAAAUGGAGAAAGCAAGGAGAGAUCUCGAGGAAACAAUUCAUCAGUACGACAGGAGAAAGGAGUUUUACAAGUUCCUGCCUGAACGCGGACUUUCUGCCGUUGAUAUACUUUCUGAGGCAGAAUUGUACAAGUCAAUGAGUGAGUUUGCAUUUCACGAAGGACGGGUUUCUGGCGUUGUUUUCGCAGAUAUUGACGAGGAACACAGGGAUUUGCUGCAGAAGAUGUUUUCACUUUUUGCUUAUUCGGAUCCUGUGUAUCCUGAUCUUUUUCCUGGCUCUCGCAAAAUGGAAGCGGAAAUUGUACGCAUCGUUGCUUCACUUCUUCAUGGUGGUUCGGGCUCGUGUGGGGCGGUCACUUCUUGCGAUACCGAAAGUAAUAUAUUAGCUUGCUUAGCUUAUCGUAAUCGUGCAUUCGCUCGCGGUAUCAGACAUCCAGAAAUGGUGGUACCAGUGACUGCGCAUGCAUCAUUCGAUAAAGCAGCACGUCUACUCCAAAUGCGUAUCCGGCAUGUGCCUGUGGAUAAGAAUCAGAGAGCCGACGUUGGAGCAAUGAAACGUGCAAUCAGUAAUGAAACGUGUAUGCUUGUCGCCUCGGCUCCAAACUAUUCAUCGGGCACUGUCGACAACAUCGAAGCAAUUUCUGAGCUAAGUCAGCGGUAUGGUAUUCCGUUGCAUGUUGAUGCAACUCUUGGCGGAUUCAUCUUGUCAUUCAUGGAACGUUGUGACAUCUCAGUGAAGCCUUUCGAUUUUCGUGUUCCGGGUGUAACUUCGAUUUCAUGUGAUACGCAGAAAUAUGGUUUUGCUCCGAACGGAACUUCAAUGAUUUUGUACCGUGAAUCAGCACUGCUGCACCAUCAAUACUUUUGCAGUAGCGAAUGGCCCGGUGGUAUAUACAUGACUCCAACGCUAGCUGGAGCUCGAGAUGGUUGUGCGAUAGCGCUAACAUGGGCAACCUUACUGUACAACGGAAGACAAGGAUAUACAGAACGGACACAAGCAAUAAUCGAAACAACGCGUGCAAUACGUACUGGCAUUGAGAAUUGCACGCAUGUACGAUUGGUUGGUGAAUCGGACGUUGCAACUGUGGCGUUCACCAGUAAAGGCUUCAACGUUUAUGCUUUGGCCGAUCGCAUGAAUAAGCUUGGCUGGGUUCUGUGCACAUUGCAGAAUCCACCUGCGUGA